AGUCACAUGAUUUAUCACAUGACUCAACAGCAGUGGACCAAAAUGAUGGGGCCUUGUGGAAUGGAAUACACAGCUCCCAGAACUGUUCUUGAAUGAAUCGGAUUACUUACUUGUGACAAUUAUGGAGCCAUUAUUUUUCAUAUCAUUCUUGUGCGGAUCCAUCAUAUUCUCAGCUUCCAUCAUGUCCAUCUCGCUUUUUUCCUUGAGCUUGUUGUUGCCCUCUCCUCGGACUCUUGUGGCUGCUGAUUCGGCGGACAGUGACAAGUGGAUGCCGGGGAGCACCAGCGGGGAUCUACAUUCCAUUUCCCGUGAAGAGGGCUCUUUAUUCGUCAAUCCACCUGGCUUAAAGUUAAACUCGAAUUCACAAGGACAAGGUCAAGCAGCCAUUGAUCAUUUGAAUCCUCUUGCAUGUACUCAAGAACAUAUUUUAGUUGACAUUGACAACUUGCCUGUGGAUUUUACGAAGUGCCAUCACAGAAAAGAACUAUUGAGUGCAUACAGCAAUGCUUCCUCAGCAUUCAUUGAAUGUGCAGUUAAGAAUGCCAAGCCGGUUUUGUAUUGUGGACAAUGUGUAUUGGAGUUUGACUUAUCAAGGAAAGCGUGGAGUAAUAUUGAAAAUGAUGAAGAAUGCAAAGAAGAUAUACUUGUUUCUGAUAAACUGCAGAUUGUGAGUCAAACACAAGCUUUCCUCACUCAGCUGUGGCGUGAUGGGAAUUGUCAAAAUUGCUAUGAUGAAAAUCUGAAUUUUAAUGCAACCAACUCAACUCAAGAAUUCCUCAAGAACUAUAAUGACACGAUGACCUGCUUUUUGAACAAUGGCGGAUGCUCUGAUGAUCCAGUUCCAGUCGACUCAAAUAUGACGUUAUGUGAUAAUUGCAGUGAAGAAUAUGACAGACUGAAUGCCCUGUACAAUGACAUGAGCGACGACCAACUUUGUAUGGACAUCAUAGACUUGAUGAAUCGCACCCGCAUCAUGUGGAAAGAUAAUCAAUGUCGGAAGAUAGAAAGAGAGUUUUUAGCUGUAGUAACCCUAAGCGUCUUUGUCUGUAUAUUGCCAUUAUUCUUUUACAUUACUGCAAUGCUGCAUGGGACCAAAAAACAACAAAGACUUGUAGAAAAAUCCAAAGAAAGGAAACGGAGGUCACUAUCAGCUUCAGCAAGACUCUAUGCUGGGACAACAACUUCCCUACGCUAAUUAAUUUAUGUUAUAUGCCUUUAAUUAAAGACUCCAAAGGAAAUCAGGAAAUGUCACCUCGAUGACAUGUUAAAGCAUCAUACUUUAUUUUUGUUUGAGACAAAAUACAAGGACUCGAUAGACUUUGGAGGCAAAACAAUGUUAUUAGUAUACUGUUAAAAUUGUCUGUUAAGGCCACUCAUGCAAAAAAGAAAAAGUAGCCACAUUCCUUUUAAAUGGAAACAGUUUUGAUGGCCAUUAAAGACAGGUUUCUGCUAUAGAUAGGAAGCUGCUAAGGCAGGUUUUACUCACUUGUACUUCAGCAUUUAUUAAUCUGCCUUAAAUUUGAGAACUUUCCAUCUUGAGUUUAAUAUUAAGCUUUAAAAAAAUGAAAUAUUAUGUAAGUCAAAUAUAUGACAUAUUAGAUACAGGAGCGGAUCCAGGGUGGGGGGGGGGGCGCCCACCCCCCUCCCAUAUUGGGGCAACCUGCAGAAAAAAGUGUCCUUAUUAACUUAAGAGAAACCUUCGGUGCAUGUUACGGGGCUUUCUGGCCCCCCUCCUUCCAAAAAUUCCUGGAUCCGCCCCUGAUGUAUGUAUGUAUUUAAAUCAAAUAUGUAAUCAUUGUUUGUUUGGUAAAAUACACUGCUAUACUCAGAUUGUCUUCAUUUUAUCAUCUGCCAUUUGGAGGUAAGUUAUAUGAAAUUAAGUAAAAUUCCUGCAUAGCUUUUGUUUUCUCCUAGCUGCCUUUCUAUUCCCCAUAGUACUACUCUUUGUCAUUGGUGUGUUUGAUUCCAUAUACCAUAGCCAAACGCUAGGUAAAGUAGCACACAGGUGUUGCUAAUGAGAUUGUUCAGGGGAUGGUUUCAUAAAAAGUUUUGUCAGUGAUUUACUGCAAAUCCCUGCAUCUGAUUGGUUGAGGCAAACUAGUCACUGAGAAACACUGACUAACAGGGUUUUUGUAUCUUUACAAUUUCUCUCCCAAGUCUCCAAUGCAGCAUUUGCUCCACUCCUUACUUAAUAUAUAUACAUGUAUGUAUAUUCUUGCAAUGAUUUACAUACUGUUGUUGUUUAUUCUUAUGAAGAGAGAUAAUAAAGAAGGAUUUAAUUUAUAAUAGUAUAAUUUUAUAUUAAUCAUAAUGAUUAUGAUGAUGAUGAUACUACUUCUACUAAUACUACUACUACUUCUACUACUACUUCUACUACUACUACUACUACUACUAAGUACUACUACUACUACUGCUGCUACUACUACUACUACUACUACUACUACUACUACUACUACUACUACUACUACUACUACUACUACUACUACUACUACUACUACUACUACUGCUACUCCUACUGACAUUUUGAUAUUUACAUAUAUGUCAAGAAGAUAUGUGCAUUAUUUCAUAUUUACUGAAGCCUGUGUCGGACUAUAUGAUCUGCUCUGAUCUUAUUUUGGAAAAUAACUUGCAGACAGAUGAACUUGUGGGUGGCCAAGCUCAGCGGUAUGCAACACAGAAGAAUUUGGUAUUGUACCCUAAUUGCAUAAUGGUAGAUAUCUUGAUAAGUAACGAACCACUUGGCUCCCGUCUGACCUAGAGGAUUACAAUGAUUUUGAAGCUAAAUAAUUGAUUUGACUUUGAAUCCUUGACAGCUUGCACAUUAAAAUAUACUACUUUUCUGUUUGAAAAGACCAGUGAACUUUCCCUAUGCAUUGAAGUAGUUAACAUUUUUUUUUUACUCCGCUUACUGUAUAAUUAAAUGCGUAGAUCAUAAAAUAGCAUUAAGCAAACAAAUUGUAACAUUAACAUAACUUUGCAGAUGGCACUCAUAUGACACAUUGUGUUGGUAGUGUCAUUAAACCUCAAUCAAUCAACAAAAGUUAUAAAAACUGUCUUUUAAAUCAUUUUUUGUUCACAAUUUUGAAUUAAAAAUUUAUUAAUACAGUGGAUUGUAAAGUGUGAGGCAGGCUUGAGUUUGAAACCUGAAAAUUUGUAAUUCAUUUAAUCUACAUUGUUGUUCAAUCCAUGUAAUUGGACAAAAAUGUUUGGAGGACAUUUGUUUAUCAUAUAAAUAUUACUGCAAAGUGGUCAUAUUUAAUGGAAUUUUCCUAUUAUUCUAAGUUUUGUUUUCAAAGGAUUUGUUUAUAUUUGGAGGAGGUUUAGCCCUCUUGUAACUUUGUAUUCAAAUGCAUAACCAUGAUUGUUGAAAGUUCUGCACUAAAAGUGGUCCUAUUUAAAAUUGAUCGUGAACAUAUAAUGUAUAUGGUUUAAGGGAAAAAUAAUUGUUUCAAGGGUUACAGCUCGUUAUUUUGAAGGUUUAUUAUUCCAAAAUUUUAUUCGUCCAAAUUAGGGGGUGGGUUUGAAUAUGGACUUGAAAUUGAAAUAAAGAGUGAUUUAGUUUUAUUGGCUCUACAAGUAGUUUGCAGUCAAAGUGCAUACUUUAGUAAAAGGUGUACUUAGAAUGCAAAAAGAAAAUGGGGCUGUUUUUUUAGGAUGCAAUUUACGCCCAUUUUUUGUGAAAUAGGGGAUACAGUGGCUUAAAUAAUAACACUGCUAAAAGGGGCUGAAUUCUGGGGUGCAGAACGAUCGCUGUCACAUCUUUGAGUAUAUGGUUACAACACGGGAUCCUGUUUAAUAAAGGCUUGCUAUAAUAAGAAAUAUAAAUGUACUACCAGUCAACCAAAUUGAAUGAUUACAGUAGCUUUUAACUGUUAUGCAAUUUUUUUUAUUAUUAUAAAAAGUUCAUGAAACAGGCCCUGGAAGUUCGGGGGCCCCAUUAAAAAAAAAGACCUUACCACUAAGGUAACCUUUGUAAACUAUUAUGGAAACCUUUAUUUGAUUGCACCGUUUCCACGGUACUUUGAUAAUAAUGGCAAAGUCACCAUAAUUGGAAGUUCUUUGCGGAAUAUGUACCCAACAUUUUUUAAAUUAUUAUAUCAGUCAGGAAUUUGCAAUAACCACUCUUGGAUUAAAUUGAAACUUAUAUAAUAUGUGUAUUGAAAGAUGAAAUUUAUUAUACGAUUUUGAUUUGGUAAGUAACCUAUAUAUUGUAAAUCAACCAUUGGAAUUGGGACAGGAGGCUUCAUGCCACAGUAAUUAAGUUAACUUUUUCUGUCCCUGGCGUUCCACUGGUUGAUAUUUCUUAUUUUGUAUUGUAUACAUUGAAAUGUAUUUUUGAAUAUUAUUUGCCGAAUAAAUAAUAAUAAUAACCUCAGAUAUUUUUGAGAAUAAAAUUUUCAAUGAUAUGCAGAA